CUUCAGAUAAACGUUCUUUCUUGUGAGAUUCUAAACUAAGUUCAAGCAAAUCAAGAUGGGAGGAAACAAAGUUAUCACGGUUCCGAUUUCACUCAAGGGUGGGGGAAACUACCUGUUGUGGUCUAGGCUUGUGAAGACAGCCAUUGGGAGGCUAGGGUUAUGGGGUCACAUCACAGAUGAAGCUCCAGCACCAGUGGCCAGUGAGGAAGAAGGUGGAAGAGAGCUCGCGGUUGCUGAUGGAAAGAAGUGGAUUCAAGAUGACUUGAUGGUGCUAUCUGUGCUACAAGGAUCACUUGAAGAACAUCUCUUGGAAGCCUACAGCUACUGUGAGACUCCAAAACACCUGUGGGAGGUACUCCAAAAGACUUUUGGGAACGUUACCAAUCUGAACCGUGUGUAUGAGAUCAAGAAAGCUAUCAACACACUGGUACAAGAUGGAGAGGAGUUCACCAAGCAUUUGGGCAAGUAUAGAUCCUUGUGGUCUGAGCUUGAAUCAUUGAGGCCAAGCACGGCUGAUCAAGAGCUACUCAUGGAGAGGAGGGAGCAGGAUCAGGUGUUUGGGUUGCUGUUGACGUUGGAUCCUCCGUUCAAUGAUGUGAUCAAGCAUGGUGUGAUCCUGAUCAGGAUUGGAAUCAGUGGAUUGAAGCCAAUGUAUGCGUCAACUAUACCACUGAUCAUGGUGCAGUUUAAUGGACAGUAUCAUACUCUUAUUGGCAUGAUCUAUGAGGUUCUGGAUAGAGAGAAGAGAAGAACUGUUGGUACUGCCUUGAAACAGCUUGAACAAAGAGGAUUCAACCAACUGAGGUUAACAGGAGCUAUGGAGACCAUUCACCUCGUCCAAAUAUGUAUGGAGAACAAGGAAAACAUGUCAGGAAGUUUCUGGAUUGGGCUAUAUUUGGAUCUAGGCGAAAUAAGGCUUUUUCGGUCCAAAAAGAGAGUUGCAGCCAGAAUCUUGAUCCACUUGCUUUCUAGCUGGCCUAACAGGACGUGGAGGAUCUAAAGCUCAUUAAGAGACACUCCAAAUCAAGUUCAAGUCGUGGCCCAUCAUAAACCAAAGAAGAACCAGCUUGUUGGUUUGAUUUAAUUGUAAUGUAAUGGGUUUAGUUUAUUGGGCUUUCAUUUAAUUUAAACCAAAGACAAUUAGGAAUUAGAGUAAACCAGAUUUGGGUAGAUUAGUAUUUAAAAUAAACCAAUUUCGAAUUGGAUUAGGAGAUUAAACCAUCUUGGUUUAAAUUUAGGGUUUUCAGUUUUAUUCUUUUAACAUAUGUAGCCACGUUUUGGCAUGGAGAUCAAUCAAUCGACAUUUUUUUUCAACUUCUUUGUUUUGAGUUUUCUCUCAAUUCUGCUGGUGUGUAAUAUCCAGCUUGGGUUCUCUGAUUUGGUGUGUCAUAUCCAGAUCAGAAGCCUUGGAGUAUCAGGAGGCGAGCCAUCUCUCUUGUGUCCCACAUCAAUCCACAAACCUUGAUACAGAUCGAGUCUUUGAUUCUCUGUUUGCAAGGAUUAUCUCUGUGAUCCAUCCUAGACACUAAGCAGGGUGAUCCUGUGUCUGUGGAGCAGAAAAAAACAUCUUUAUAGCAUCCCAUAGUUCUAAGGAGAAGACCAUAUCCAUCACCUUUCAUCCAUCCACGCCCCCUUCAAGUGAUCCAGGGAGAGACAGCCAUUCCAGGGCUGCACCAAGUGGUAUCAGAGCCUCUUGAGGGUUAGGGUUUGAAGUUUUAACAAGGGAGCACGAAAUCUAUCAGUUAACAAACUGUAUUCUAUGUCUGGAUAUGAAGAAGAGCUUACAAUUCCAUUCUUCUAUGGGAAGAUUGAUACAGAGGCAUACCUUGAUUGGGAAAAGAAGAUGGAGUUUCUCUUUGGACUCCUAUACUACACUGAAAAGAAAAAGGUAUGUCUAGCAGUCAAUGGACUCUGUGGAAGUGCUUUCUCAUGGUGGCAGAGAGUUUCUCAGACUAGGAGAUUUGAAAAAAAACCUCAAAUUAUUUCAUGGGUGGAGAUGAAGACCUUGAUGAAGAAGAGGUUUGUCUCGCAGUGGAAACUUCCAAAACUAAAACCAGAAGCAGCAACAAAGCUUACUACUUUAGAUCAGUCUGCCUAUUGGUCUGAAUUGCCGUUAAAACCGGCUGAGAGAAUAUCUGUGGUUCCUGUUCUAUCAUUGAAACAAGAGGAGGAAAAGCUGCAAGCCUCUAUAUUAGCUUCUCCAAGAAAACAGAUUGAGGAGAGUCAUAAAACUGAACCAGAACCAACAACUCUUUGUUUAAAACUAGAGGAGGAGGCAGAAGUUGCAGAAGCUGAGUGUGGCCACGUGCCUGAUCAAAUAAAACAAGAAGAAAAGGUUCCUGGAGGGUCAUCUAAAGCUCUUGAAUUGCUCAGCUUAGUGGAACAUCUGAGAGUUGUUAAGGGCCUGCAACAAGUUGUUUUUGAACCAGGAGGAAGCUUGUGUGUGGUUAGAAGAAACAAACAAAUUCUGGAUCAGAAAGCAACUGCAUACAAGCUCAAUUUGCAAGGUUCAUUCACUCUUGAAAAACAAGAUUUGUGGUCAAAUCUUUUUAAAGGGAGAGAGAAUGGUAUGAUAAAAACUAUUUGCUGAGAGAAUGAAGGAGAGUCAGGAGGUAACACGUCCUUUAUCAGGUUCAUAACUGACCAGAACAAGCUGAGAAGAGAUAAACAGGAACUGGUGGUGGUUAAAGGGAAGCCAGAACUGGAGGAUGAGUAUGGGGACCAAACCACACGACCACCUGGCCAGAAGGAUGUUAAACUGAGAGUACAUGGUCUCAUGUUCAUGAGCAGGACGUGGGUAGGAUCAUCCUGGAGAGAAGCAUUCAACUGCAAACUCAACAAAGUGGAGAAAUCAUCUGCCUUAGAAGCCACAUGCAGUGAGGAAAGUUACAAGAUGUUGCUGAGACAUGAAGAAGGACUGCAGAGCUUUGUGUUUCAUCCUGGAGAGACUAGAGAGGUGAUGAUAUAUCUCAUGGCCAGGUCAGGAACUUUGGAGUUAAAUUAUCAAGGUUCUAUCAUCCUACAAAGCUUGGAUUUGAGGACAAAUCCUUUUAAAGGAGGAGGGGAUGGUGUGAUCCUGAUCUGGAUUGGAAUCAGUGGAUUGAAGCCAAUGUAUGGGUCAGCUAUACCACUGAUCAUGGUGCAGUUUAAUGGACAGUAUCAUACUCUUAUUGGCAUGAUCUAUGAGGUUCUGGAUAGAGAGAAGAGAAGAACUGUUGGUACUGCCUUGAAACAGCUUGAACAAAGAGGAUUCAACCAACUGAGGUUAACAGGAGCUAUGGAGACCAUUCACCUCGUCCAAAUAUGUAUGGAGAACAAGGAAAACAUGUCAGGAAGUUUCUGGAUUGGGCUAUAUUUGGAUCUAGGCGAAAUAAGGCUUUUUCGGUCCAAAAAGAGAGUUGCAGCCAGAAUCUUGAUCCACUUGCUUUCUAGCUGGCCUAACAGGACGUGGAGGAUCUAAAGCUCAUUAGGAGACACUCCAAAUCAAGUUCAAGUCGUGGCCCAUCAUAAACCAAAGAAGAACCAGCUUGUUGGUUUGAUUUAAUUGUAAUGUAAUGGGUUUAGUUUAUUGGGCUUUCAUUUAAUUUAAACCAAAGACAAUUAGGAAUUAGAGUAAACCAGAUUUGGGUAGAUUAGUAUUUAAAAUAAACCAAUUUCGAAUUGGAUUAGGAGAUUAAACCAUCUUGGUUUAAAUUUAGGGUUUUCAGUUUUAUUCUUUUAACAUAUGUAGCCACGUUUUGGCAUGGAGAUCAAUCAAUCGACAUUUUUUUCAACUUCUUUGUUUUGAGUUUUCUCUCAAUUCUGCUGGUGUGUAAUAUCCAGCUUGGGUUCUCUGAUUUGGUGUGUCAUAUCCAGAUCAGAAGCCUUGGAGUAUCAGGAGGCGAGCCAUCUCUCUUGUGUCCCACAUCAAUCCACAAACCUUGAUACAGAUCGAGUCUUUGAUUCUCUGUUUGCAAGGAUUAUCUCUGUGAUCCAUCCUAGACACUAAGCAGGGUGAUCCUGUGUCUGUGGAGCAGAAAAAAAACAUCUUUAUAGCAUCCCAUAGUUCUAAGGAGAAGACCAUAUCCAUCACCUUUCAUCCAUCCACGCCCCCUUCAAGUGAUCCAGGGAGAGACAGCCAUUCCAGGGCUGCACCAAAGCACAUGCUGAGGAUGCCAAGUCUUCCAUCCAUGGAGGAAGUGUGUGCGCAGCUCCAGAAGGAGGAAGGGUCUCUUGGUCUCUUCGGAAGCAAGGGAGACUUAGCUCUAGCCAACAAGGCUGAGGAAGGAGCGCAGGCUAACCGUGCAGCAUACAAGACUGAUGAGAGGAAGUAUGGUGAUGAGAGGAGGUUUGGAGGUAACUGUGAUCACUGCAAGAAGCCGGGACACAAGAGGAGCCAGUGCUGGAUCCUUCAUCCCCAUCUCAAGCCGGCCAAGUUCAACAAGGAUCGAGAAGCCAGAGCUAACCUGUCUACUGAAGCAAGUGAAGCCGGUCCCUCAGGAGCGGGCUCAAGUGCACAAGUGGGUGAAAGCGCAGGCAAGGCAAUGGCAACUCACUACACGGCCGCAAAGAGUUUGGAGCAUGAAGUGAUCCGCAAAUCUGACAUAGAUGCCCUCAUCAAAGCUCUUAAGGAGUCUGGUACAUUCGGAAACACUCUUGGUUACUCAUAUACUGCUCACAUGAUGCCUAGGAAUGAGAAUAGGUUGAUAGAUAUCAUUGAGACAUUAAAACUGAGAAAUGAAUCACCUAGAACUCAUCUUGCUAGAGGCAUAAAACCAUUGAUUGUUGACUCUGGUGCAUCUCAUCACAUGAUUAGUGAUGAUAGCUUAAUCAAAAACAUAGAACCUGCUCAUGGACAUGUAAUGAUUGCAAAUG